CAGGCGCAGAAAGGAAUUUCCAAGGAAUGGCCGCAGCCUCUGUCGGGCCAAGGAGAACUAGGCUCUGCGCAUGCGCGGAAGAACCUGAGCGAGUCCCGUGAAAACGCAAACAAGCGGCGAAGCGGUGGCGGCUGUCGCUCUGUGCGGGGCCGCCGUCCCGGAGCCAGUGAGGGAGGGGCGCCUAUGAGGUACAAGAGGACUCAAGUUUCACUAGAGCCAUAACUAGAAUGGACAGUUACUUUAAAGCAGCAGUCUGUGACUUGGACAAAGUACUUGAUGAAUUUGAGCAAAAUACAGAUGAACUUGACUGCUACAGAACAGCUGCAAACCAGUGUGAUUCAAUACAGCAUUCAGUCUCUUCAGAAUUGGAUUACUUACAACCUGUAUUCCUGGUACCAAAAGUGCAAGAAUAUGUUAGCAGUUGUAGUAUGUCAGAAGAAUUCUCUCUAGCCAGUCAGGCUACAACAAAUACAGCAAAGUUUGAACUGAAUUCCUCAGCACAAAAUGAGAAAAAUGUUACUGGACUCGAUCUUCUGUCUACUGUGGAUGGUGGUGCCUCAAAUGAAAUUCAGCCUUUGAGCCUGGGGAGGUGUAGUAUACCUGUAUGUGAUCUCAUCAGUGACACAGGUAAUUUGAUCCAUUCAACGAGUAGUAAUGAAGAUAUUCAGAAGCUGCAGCCAGAUGACUUCCAAUGCAAUGAGAACUCUUUGGUUGGGUUUGAUUUAUCUUUAGUACCAGCUACAGUUUGUAGUUUGUCAGUAGCUUUCGGUGGUGUUUCAGGCACAGAACAACAGAAUGGUGGGGACACAACACUACAAGAUGAGGGACAUGUUGCAACAAAAGAGUUGAGCCAGUUGGAUUUUAAAACACACAAUCAUGGUAAAGCAAAGCUCUCAGAUUCAUGUGAUAAUCAAAUUAGGACAGAAACUUUAAAGGAUAAUCAGGUGUUCGAUCAGCUGGAACAAAUUACAGGCCUUAACUCUACAUCUGCCUUUGUAACAUCACAGACCCCAAAUGCACUCAGUCCCAAAGAUGACACAACCCUUGAAAAGCUGCGUUGUGAAUCAUUAAAAGAUGCAAGUCUGUGCUGUGUGAUAAGUCAAGAGUCACCUGAAGAGAGUGUUAAUGAAAAUGUAGAUUCAAAAGAUGAAGGUAAUGGGGAAUCCUUGCCUUCUGAUCUGCCAAAGAGUUCUGAAUUACACAAAAGCAGUUUAAAAUUAGUUGGAAAAUGUGUUCUACCAGAUUCUUCAUCUCAAAUAGAGGAUAGGGUAGUAUUAGAUAAGAUGAAGAGUGCAGAAGAAAACUUGUGCAGUCCAGAACUUAAUACCAAUGAAAUAUUGCACAGUGUUUCAACUUCACAUGUAACUGAUGAAGAUAUCCAAACCUCAUUGUCAUGUCUUCCACUUGCUGUAUCCAUAUGUGGUUCAUUAGUUGUAACAGAAGACAAAAGUGGCCACAUACCUCAGAAUGAAAAGGCAGAUGUCAUCAGUGAUACUGUGACUAUGCAUGCAGGAAAAUCUAAGCAUGGAUUCUCCAAUAUGGAAUCCUCUGGAAAGAGGGAACCUUCUGAACAGGAAAGAUAUCUAAACCAAAUCAACCAAUGCUUUGUAGAAGAAGCUAUAACUAUAGCUGGAAAGAAGAGGGAAUCUGACAACAAAAUUAAUAAAGGUGAUUCUCCCCAAAUCCACACUGCUGGCCCUGUUGGAGAAUCUAAAAUUGAACUGUGCAGUGAUGGUAUUCAGCCAGUUGACAGUCAUGAUCAAAGUGUUACUUGUCCAGUUUUAGCUGACUUAACUAUUGAGGAAGACUUAAUUAAAAGUGAUUCACUGAUUAGUGAUGCUGAGCUUGAUGCCUUCUUAUCUGGACAGUGUCUUCAGCCCAAUAAUUCAAAGCCCUUUGAAGAAGGUAUGGAUGAUCUGCUGGAGUCUGAUGCAAAUCAAGCAAACCUGGAUUUCAAAAAGGUCAAUGAUUCACAAACAAAAGCAAAACUGGAGGAGAUUGGAGAGAUUUCCAGUAUUAAAAGUACUUGUAGAAUAGCUGAUAUUGAAUAUAAAUUGGAGUCUCCCCCAGAAAAAAGUACGUAUCCUAUUCAACAAGAGGCCUCUAACCAUAUAACUGAGACUCCUAUUGAAGUACCUGUCCCUACUCUUAGCCAUCAGAACGUAAAUAUUGGAGGUGCUAGGCCUAAACAGUUGCUUAAUCUUCCUCAAAGAACUGCAAUUGAGAGAGAGCUCAGCAAGCCAAAUAUGCCUACGACUGAAUUCCAGGAAGUGAAUUCCAUACCCCCAAAGGCCCCUCUCUCAGAAACCAAAACUAGUACUGACAUAAGCUCCAAAUGUAAUCAGUCUGAUACAGAAAACUCCUUGGAAGCAGGCGGAAGUUGUGUGCCUGCAAGCAUAGAACCUGUUAAAACACCUCUAGUUCUGGGACAAAAACAGCCACCCUGGGUCCCCGAUUCAGAGGCACCCAACUGCAUGAACUGCCAAGUCAAGUUCACAUUUACAAAAAGAAGACACCACUGUCGUGCAUGUGGGAAAGUGUUCUGUGGUGUCUGUUGCAAUCGGAAGUGUAAGCUGCAGUACACUGAAAAGGAAGCAAGAGUCUGUAUUGGCUGUUACAAAUCUAUUAAUAAAGCACAGGCAUUUGAAAGGAUGAUGAGUCCAACUGGUCCUAUCCCCAAUUCCAGUAUCUCCUCUGAAUGUUGUUCUACUGUUCCACCUUUGCAGGAAGCUCAGACAGUUGGCACACCUAAUUCUCCUUCAUCUUCUGUUUUGUUACCUAUCUCUGUACUUAAACAACCAGGUGCUGAUGGGCUGUGCGCCAGAGAACAGAGGAGAGUCUGGUUUGCAGAUGGUAUUUUGCCUAAUGGUGAAGUCGCAGACACAACAAAACUAUCUUCUGGAGUCAAGAGGUCUUCGCAAGAGCUGAGUCCAGUAAGCCCUGACUUACCAGAGGUUGCAAGUCCGGUAGAUGACAUCUAUGUAACUGAUGUAAAACCAAAGGAUGAAACUCCAAUUACUGCAGGAACUGAGAAAUUCCAUUGUUCCUUACAUGUUGCUCCAGAUGAUGACCAGUUGCCCACUACAGGGAAAACUGAGAUGUUGCAUAGUCCUGACUCUGUAAUUCCAGCUGCUGAUGAAUUACCUUUUAUUACAAAAGUUGAGAAGUCUCCUAGUCUUGCCACAGUUAACCAAACUAAUGAUGAUUCACCUGUUAGUCCUUCAGACUACAGAAUGCUAUGUGGUAUUGGAAACUGUGUUAGCAAAGAGUUCAGCCUUAUUCCUGAUGAUGAUGGACUGCCACCACUCUUACUUGCAACUGGAGAAAAAGGAAAAGAUCCUCUGGUGGAAGAACACCCAUCUCAUCAGCAGGUCACCUUGCUUCUUGCAGAAGGAGGACCUAAUCCAUUAACAUUUAUCCUAAAUGCAAACCUCCUUGUGAAUGUCAAGUUAGUAUCUUAUUCUUCAGAAAAGUGCUGGUACUUCUCAACAAAUGGAUUACAUAGCUUGGGUCAGGCAGAAAUUAUCAUUAUGUUGGUAUGUUUGCCAAAUGAAGAUGCUGUUCCUAAAGAAAUCUUCACAUUGUUUGUUGACAUAUAUAAGGAUGCAGUGAAAGGAAAAUACAUAGGAAACUUGGAAAAUUUUACCUUCACUGAAAGCUUUCUUGGUAGCAAGGAUCAUGGAGGAUUCCUGUUUGUUGCACCAACUUUUCAGAAACUUGAUAAUCUCCUGUUACCAAAUAAUCCUUUCCUUUGUGGCAUUCUCAUUCAGAAACUGGAAAUACCGUGGGCAAAGGUUUUUCCAAUUCGCUUAAUGUUGAGAUUGGGAGCAGAAUACGGAGUUUACAGGCUGGCUGUUGCCACUGCAAUGCAACCCUUCCUGCUUUUAGGGGCUGCUGUUCUUUCACAUUUGCUAUACAGGCAUCUUGUGCUGCUGAAUCAAACAUACCCAACUCCUGUAACAAGUAUCAGACACCGAAAGCCUCUCUUUGGGGAGAUAGGACAUACAAUCAUGAACUUACUUGUUGAUCUUAGAAAUUAUCAAUAUACCUUGCAUACCAUAGAUAAUUUAUUUAUCCAUAUGGAAAUGGGUAAAAGCUGCAUUAAAAUCCCUCUGAGGAGAUACGAUGAAGUAAUGAAAGUAAUACAUUCUUCUAAUGAGCAUGUUAUUAGCAUUGGAGCCAGUUUUAGCACUGAAGCAGAUUCUCACUUAGUUUGUGUACAGAGUGAUGGAGUCUAUCAGACACAAGCAAACAGUGCUACUGGCCACCCUAGGAGAGUUACAGGUGCAAGUUUUGUAGUAUUCAAUGGAGCCCUAAAAACAUCUUCAGGAUUUCUUGCUAAAUCAAGUAUAGUUGAAGAUGGACUAAUGGUACAAAUAACUCCAGAGACAAUGGAAGGUCUACGUCAAGCUUUAAGGGACAAAAAGGACUUUAAAAUUACAUGUGGCAAAAUGGAUGCAGAAGAAAUAAAAGAAUAUGUAGAUAUUUGCUGGGUAGAGAGUGAAGAAAAACUAAACCAAGGAGUUAUAAGCCCAGUAGAUGGAAAGUCAAUGGAAGGAAUUCAAAGUGAAAGAAUACUACAGGGAGAUUUUGAAACUGAGGAAAAACUUAUGAAGUGUACCGAAGUGUUCUAUAUCCUAAAGGACCAUGAGCUAUCCAGUGCAACACCCUAUCAGUUUGCAAAAGAGAUUGCUGUAGCUUGCAGUGCUGCUCUUUGCCCGCAUCUCAAAACGCUGAAAAAUAAUGGGAUGAAUAAGCUAGGUCUCAGAGUCUCCAUUGAUACCGAUAUGGUUGAGUAUCAGUUAGGAUCUGGAGGCCAACUUCUUCCACAGCAUUAUCUAAAUGACCUGGACAGUGCUCUGAUUCCUGUGAUCCAUGGUGGGACAUCAGACCCCACAAGCUUACCAUUGGAAAUGGAAUUAAUAUUUUUUCUUACAGAAUACCUCUUUUAAUAUAAAUGACAGCAUAUAUUAUACUAUGUAUAAUCUGAUUUGCUAGAACUAACCCAACACCAAAGCUGUAAUGCUACCAACACUAAAAAAUGUUACAAUUUAUUUAAAAAAAUUGUUUAGUAAUAGAUUUUUAAACUGGGUUUUGUUUCUAAAAAAAAUGAACCAACUCUCCUCCAUCUCCAGCAUAAAAGAAGAAUUGUUGAGUUUAAGAUUUCCUAAGGUUCCGAAACUUUACACUUAAUACUGUCACUGAAAAAAGGCAAAGGACUCAUUACCUCUAAGCAAACUGUAGCAUUUACUAUGUGCAUUGUAAGGUUAAGCCAUAUACCUCUUAAACCCAAGCAAAUAUUUUAGUAACAGUCUUUAUGAUUAGAUGUAACCUAAAUCUGGGACACUCCAUGUAGAUGUGCAAAUGGGCUAUAUUUACAUUUUUAAAAAAAUCUUAUAAAGUAUAUUGAAUUGGUACAGAACUGUUGCUUGCUUUUGAGAUCCAAAUAUAAAAUCUCUGAGGGUUGGCUGCAAACAACAGAUACGGUGUACUAAUAAUACAAGGAAUUUGCCUGCACAAUUGGAUAUUGCUUGUCUGGGAAGAAUAGAAAACAAAACUUUGCCAAGUAUGUUGUGGGUUUUGGGGAUUUUUUAAGAUUUCAUAAUUGGACUUGUCCUGACUUAAAAAUCAAGACAUUUGACAUGUUUGUUGGUGCUUUUGGAACUUGUGCUUUUAAACUGAGUCUCUUUAUAGUGUAGCUGAUUUCCUUAUGUAUUUAUAAUGACUUAUCUAACUUUGUUGGGUAUCAUUUUUGUAUUACACUAAUUGUUUUUCCCCCCCUGUGGUUAAAUAUACCUUUGUAAUUUGGGACCUCCAAGAGUGAUUAAGAACAGGCCAGAUGACCCUUAAAGUAGUAAUCAUGUAGCAAUAAGUCAGGCAUGAAACCUGUAAUAUCUUCUCUGCUCCCAUCUCUAACUUCUGAGACCUCUUGGUAGCCCUGUUUAUUUUUCAGGGAGAAAAUGUAUUAAGUGUGAAUUUUCAUGUUCGGAUUGCUUGGGCAUAUUUGAGGUUCUUUGUAUAGUACAUAUUUUUGAUACUGGGGUGUUAGCAAUUAAGAACUAAGAUGAUGCUUGUAAUUUGUGCCUGAGUACAGAGGUUCAGUGAACACCAAUCAGGUAUGAUAACUAUUGCAUAACGUACCUGUUCACUUUGAAGAGAAUCGGAACACGCUAUAUACAAGACCAAAUCAUUUGAGUAAAAUGUUGUUAGAGUUUUAGACUGACAGAUCAUUAAAAAUCUAAACAUCUAGAUGCCUUCUUGAUUCUCAUAGGGGAUAUUUAUAUGGUUUUUGUAUCAAAAACGCAACUAGUAACUUAAAAAAAUAAUAAAAUAAAAAUGUCACCAGCCCUGUUGCUCACAGCUUGAAGACCCAUAUUAAUGGAAACGUUCAGAAUUUAAAGUCUUAGGCUAGAAGAAACUAGGUAUUUCAUUAUAGUAAUGCACACACUUUUUUUGUUCAGAGAUAAAUUGCAGUUCUCUGGACCAGCCAAAGACAUUAACAUAGGCAGCAUGAACAAGAUGAAUGUCCAGCCUUCUGAAAGUAGUUAACAAGAGGAGAGCAGGGACAAGCAGUGUUUGAAACAUGAACAGUAGUCAACUGACCAUUGUCAUGUCCUUUGUCAAUGUUAUGUACAGUUAUAGCAGAUGAAAGCAAUUUGCAGACUAAUUUUCUUUUUUGUUGCCAUAUUGGUUAUUUGAAAUUAGACUCAUGUCUUAAACUCUUGCCAUUUAAUGUUUCAAUUUCAUUUAAUAAUUAUCAUUAACAAAUAAAACUGACUUGAGUGCUUACCAGAUGAGAGAAAAUAACAUUGUUCUUCUGUUUAAAAACAAAAAACAUAUAUUUGACAAACA